AUUGAGAGAGACAAUCGGCAGUUAAACCAAUGGAACCAGAAACCCUAGUAUCAGACCCGAGCUCUAAUCAAGAAACGCCACGUCAUCACAAUUUACAAUCAGAGAAUGAAGAAGAUGUUUCUACCGGAGAAUUGAAGUCGGCGCCCUCAUCGUCGGAGAUAAUCAAAGCUAUAGAAGUGGUCGAAAGAGACUCCACGGCGAUCGCCGAGAGCUUUAGUUCACUUUUCGCUUCUCUGCGUUCCUCUUUAUCUCAGGUUACUGGGCGUUCCGUUGAUCAUUUGGAGUGUUUCAAUGAUGCUGCUGGUCGUCUUCAAGAAUGCACACUUGAUGCAGCAACCAAAGGAAAUCGGUACAUAAAUUCCUGCCUUAGGUUAAAUGAGGAAAUGAAAGGCAUGGACAUCUUGGCAGCACAGUUAAAGAUCCUGAGAAGGAAUGUGGAUGCUCUGGAUUCAAAUGUGAAUAGGCUCCUCCGACUUCCAUGACAUGUUGAUCUGGUAAUGCAUUGAGAUCUUAUGUGUAUGACUGCCCAUGUGACUUUGACCAUGACCACACUUUAAUCGCUACUGCCCUUUCUGCUCGUUGGUUUUUGAUCAUCGUGUUGGUACCGUUUGAGACUUACUGGACAAUGAUAGUAGUAGUCAAUAAUAGUGUUUCAGAUAUUUCAUGCUAUGUUCUGAGAAAAUGAUUUGUAUCAUUCAAAAAGUUUCCUGCAAGGAAGUUUUUGAUUGUUCACUAUUCUUAUAUGAAUCCAUUUAGUUAGUCACCAGUUAUCACAUAAUUCUGCUAUCAUGUAACAAGGUUUCUUGACUGAGAUUUCUUAAUGUAAUAUGUACCAGUGUAUGCAAGAGUUAACAUCA